AUGUCUAGCGAUAAUUUAUAGUAGUUCUAGAUAUUUUAAAUUUUUAUUAGUAGACUUUAAUACAAAUUAAAAUUAUUGAAAUAAGUCGGCAUGAAAUAAGAAAUUGUUGUCUUUGACUAGGGUUGAAAUUUAAAUAACCUUAAGUGAAUAUGAUCAGUUACUCAUUAAUAUUUCAUUAGUUAUAAUUUAUAUUGAUGUUCUGAAAUAGCUAAAUUACAUUGUCUAGUUUUUAAUUUUACCGAUACCAUAAAAAAUGUAUUUAAAUAAAAUUUUAUGUUUUUUUCUCAUUGGUCUGAACGGUGCUCUUUCAUCGAAAGUUUUAGAAUUAAGUGAUAAAUUUAUUGAUAUCAGUAAGGAUGGAAUAUGGUUUGUGAAGUUCUAUGCACCUUGGUGUGCCUACUGCAGCAGAUUAGAGCCAGUUUGGGCACAUGUGGCGCAGGGUUUAUUUAAUACUCCUAUAAAAGUGGCAAAAGUUGACUGCACCCGUUUUUCUGCUGUCGCUAGUCAUUUUCAAAUUCGUGCUUACCCAACGAUAAUGUUCAUUCAAGGCUCAUCAACACAUGUGUAUAAUGGGGAAAGAAUCAAAGAAGAUAUGGUUAACUAUGCAUUAAGAAUGGCCCAACCGCCAGUUCAGAAGGUAUCCUAUGCAGAUAGCAUUGAAAAUUUGAAAGAUACACAUGAUAUAUUUUUUGGUUAUAUUGGUGAUCACCAGGAUACUCUGUGGGAAGUGUACACAAUUCAAGCUAUUAAAUAUCAACCACAUAAUUGGUUUUAUUCAAUGACUUAUGAAACUGUUAAAAAGGCCUUAAAACCACCAAAUAGUACCUGUGUUUUCGUUUUUAAGGAUGAUGAUAUAUACUACUUUGGAGCAACACCAGAAUUAAUACAAGAUAAGGAAACAUUGAAUACAACUUUGGAUAAAUGGGUACAUUCUGAGAGAUUUGGUUUCUACCCUAAAAUUACAAGGUCAAAUUUCAAUGAACUACUGGACAUAGAAAAGUACUUAGUCAUUACAGUAGUUUCAGAAAACAAAUUAAAUGAAAUAUCACAAACAGAAAAAGACUUCAAGGAUAUGAUUGAAAGUAUAAUAAGAAAAAGAAAACAUGAACUUCACCAUAAAUUCCAGUUUGGUUGGAUGGGUUCCCCAGAUCUGGCAAACUCAAUUGUUAUGUAUGACUUAUCAGUUCCUCAUAUAAUAGUCCUAAAUUCAACAACCCAUCACCAUCAUUUGCCCGAUGAUGACCCUAUUUUAAUGACACCUGAGGCUGUAUCAAUGUUUCUUGAUGAAAUACAUAAUGAAAUUGCACCAGCAUAUGGAGGAAAAAGUUUCAUUGUAAGGCUGUACAGAGGAUUUUACGAAGCCCGAGCUACUGUAAGCAGUAUGUGGCGUGGAAAUCCCAUUUUAACCGCAUUGGUAUUCGGCCUCCCCCUUGGCUUUCUCUCACUACUCUGUUAUUCUAUAUGCUGUGCGGACAUUUUGGAUGCUGAUGAGGAAGAAUAUCCUGAUCAACACGAGAAGAAGGAUUAGUGAUGGGGUAGAAAUAAGUUAAAAUUAAUCUUAAUUAUGUGCAAUUUUAAAUAUUGUCACUGAAAUCUAGCUUAAGGGUGGAUUUUAUUAUGCUAGUCUAAUUUAAACGUACCAUAACCGCUGGAGAAAAAAAGUGUAAUCGUAAUUCCUUACGACGUAACAUAAUGGAUGGCUUUUCACCAGGGUUGCCAGUCGCGUCAACCUAUUCUUAUUAUACACAUGAGUAAUUUUUACCAUUAUGACAUAUUAAAAAUAAAUUAUUAUACUAUAAUAAUAAUAAGUUAAAACUUGACUAGUUCACAUGACGUCUAUUAUACAAGGCAUACAGGUUAC